AUGUACGUCAUCCAGGUUGACGCAUCUACCGACGUUGACAGCAAGGCAGCAAUGCUUGUGUUUGUGCGAUAUAUUUUUCAGGAGGAUGUGCACGAGGAUGUGUUGACACGUCCCUGCUCCUCGCCAUCACUGUUAUUGGGAUCUGUGCUCCUGUUGGCCCUGAAGAACAAGAAUGUAAAGAAGAGGCGUCCUAUCACCUUACAGCACCCUGAAGCCAAGUUCCUGCUGCCCCUGACUGAGAAAGAGGUGAUGGGUCAGCCCUCCCCCCCUCUGCUGUCAGGGGCAGGAUGGGGGGGUGAUGUGAGAGGAAGACAAAGCGGUGGGGAAUGUCAAAUCAGCUACAACACUCGGAGGUUCCGCUUUGGACUGCCCUCGCCGGACCAUGCCUUAGGGCUUCCUGUAGGUAACUAUGUUAAUCUCUUGGCCAGAAUUGAUGGUGUGUUGGUGGUCAGGGCUUACACGCCUGUGUCCAGUGAUGAGGAUCUAGGCUUUGUGGACGUAAUUAUCAAGAUCUACUUCAAAAAUGUACACCCUAAUCAUCCAGAAGGGGGGAAGAGGACUCAGUACUUGGAGAACAUGAAAACUGGGGACACCAUCCUUUUUCAAGGGCCAUCCGGGUGCCUGUUCUAUCAUGGGUCAGGGAAGUUUGCGUUCAAACCAUACAAAACGAGUGAGCUUGAAAAUAAACUGGUCCAUCACCUGGGAAUGAUUGCUGGGGGCACAGGGGUUACGCCCAUGCUGCAGCUCAUCCGCUGCAUCACCAAGAAGCCCAGUGACAAGACCAGGAUGUCCCUCGUCUGUGCCAACCAGACACAGGAGGAGAUCUUGGUGAGAAAGGAGCUUGAAGAAGUUGAUAGAACUCACCCAAAGCAGUUCAACCUGUGGUACACCCUGGACAGGCCUCCUGUUGGCUGGAAGUAGACAGGCUUCAUUACUGAGGACACGAUCAAGGAGCGUCUCCCUCCUCCUGGGAGGUUCUCGUUCCUCCUGGUGUGUGGCCCACCACCCCUGAUCCAAGCCGUGCACCCUAACUUGGAGAAACUGGGUUACACCAAGGACAUGAUUUUCACCUACUAA